AUGGCGCGCGUUUGCGGUGAGGACGUCACGUUUGACGAGUCGGUCCCCUACUACUGCCUCUUCCCCUACCGCACUCCGUCCCUCCCCCCGCCGCCGCUCUUCCUUGUACCAGGUCCCCCUCCGGUAGACCCCCUCCCCCCUCAGGGUCCGUCCCCUUCAGGUGUGUCCCAGGUAGACGCAGUCGAGCCUGUCGAGGUCACUGGUGACUCUGGUGCUGCUGAGGGUGCUGAGCCUGGGGGUGCUGACUCUGGUGGUGCUGCGCCUAGGGGUGGUGAGCCUGGGGGUGCUGCGACUAGGGGUGCUGAGCCUGGGGGUGCUGAGCCUGGGUGUACUGAGACUAGGGGUGCUGAGCCUGGGGGUGCUGCGUCUGGGGGUGCUGCGCCUGGGGAUGCUGAGCCUGGGGGUGCUGAUCCUGGUGGUGCUGAGCCUGGGUGUGCUGAGCCUGGGGGUGCUGAGACUGGAGAUUCUCCGGGUGCUUCGUCUCUGCGGGAGCCACUCUCUCCACGGGAGCUGCGCGAGUGGUUUGCCCGGCGCUGGAGGCAUGCUGCUGGUGCUGGAGGUUCUUCGGCUACUGAGGGUGCUGCUGUCGCGGGUCCCGGCCGUGCUCAUACUGGGAAUACUGGAGCUGGUGGGCCUGCGGGUUCGACUGGAGCUGGUCCUGCUAAGGGUGUUGGAGCUGAGACUACUGCUGGCGGUCCUGCUGUGGGUACUCCUGGUACUGCUGGAGGUUCCGGCGCUGCUGGUGGUGCACCUAGAGCGGGUGCUCCUACUGGGGGUACUGGUGCUGUACCUGCUGUGUCUGGCGUCGCCGCGCGGCCUCGACCUACUUCGUUCCACUCCUGCAGCAGGUUCUUGCCUGCGUCUCGCCCUGCGUCGCCUGUCCGUGCUGCUCGCGCUAGUAGUCGUGGUUCGCGUCGGCGUCCUCCUCCUGUCCCUGGCACGCACAGGAUGUCUCUGCGCCGGUCCACUGCUCCUCUGCGUGCCCAUUUGCCUUCUCCUCCUGAGUCCUCUCUUCCUGCACUAGCCGAUCCGGAGUCGGACUCUCUUCGUGCUACCAGUCCUACUGUCACGCGUCUCCUGGCUACUAUCGUCACUGACCCUUCUUUCGAGUCCACUGCUGUGUCUGCCCUAGUUGCUGAGCUCGUCGACUUUGCUGCUCGCUGUCGCCUAGACUACGCUGCUAGUCUUUUCGCUGAGUCUCAGUCUGUCUGUCCUCUAUCCGUCGGGGGUGAGUGUGCCCUUGGCACGGACGUCCUUGAGGACAGGCAAGAGGAGUUCCAGUGCUUGGCCGCUGCUUCACCUCAUCUCGUGUCCGUACUGCUUACCUCUGAGGGAGACCCGGAUGCACUUGACAUCCCGACUCCGCGCUCUUACGCGGAGGCGAUAGAGGGUCCCUACUCUUCUCAGUGGCAGGCAGCUAUGGAUGCAGAGAUGGCUUCCUGGAAGUCCACAGGCACCUACGUUGACGCUGUCCCCCCUCCUGGGGCGAACAUCGCCAGUGGCAUGUGGAUCUUCAGGGUGAAGCGGCCGCCGGGCUCUCCGCCUGUCUUCAAGGCGCGUUACGUGGCUCGUGGCUUCAGUCACCGGCUGGGAGUUGACUACUUUCAGACCUUCUCUUCCACCCCGAAGAUGACCACUCUUCGGGUAGUGCUGCACGUAGCUGCUCACCGUGACUACGAGCUGCACUCUCUCGAAUUCAGCACAGCUUUCUUGCAGGGCAGCCUGCACGAGGAGAUCUGGCUGCGCCGUCCACAUGGCUUCACUGGGUCUUUCCCUCCUGGUACCCAGUGGAGUCUCCGGCGUCCAGUCUACGGUCUUUGCCAGGCGCCACGUGAGUGGCACGACACACUGAGGACUACGCUUGCGGCUCUUGGGUUUGCUCCUUCUACUGCCGACCCGUCGCUGUUUCUGCGCACCGACACUUCUCUCCCGCCGUUCUACAUCCUCGUGUACGUCAACGACUUGGUCUUUGCCACAGCGGACACUGCUGGACUCGCCUACGUGAAGUCCGAGCUGCAGAAGAGACACACGUGCACAGACCUGGGUGAAUUGCGCAGCUAUCUUGGCUUGCAGAUCACCCGGGACAGAGCACGCCGCACCAUUACCCUGACUCAGUCACACAUGGUGCAGCAGGUCCUUCAGCGCUUCGGCUACACGUGCUCCUCGCCUCAGGCCACUCCUGUGCCUACUCGCCACUCGCUCUCAGCUCUGCCUUCGGAUGAGUCCGUAGAGUUGAGUGGCCCAGCACAUGGCUGCAGCGAAGAGGGUGUUGCGCUACUUGUGCAGUACGUCGGGCAUGGGGCUAGUGCUUGGAGGGCGGAGUCCAGUGGUCCUCACUGGGCACGCAGACGCUUCUUGGGCUGA